AUGCAAUCCACUCGGCCCCACCCGACGCUGUUCUACUUUGGCGAGGAAGAUGAUGAGGUUCUCAAAUCCUCUGUGGAUGCAGUAAAAAAGAGGCCGUCACUUCCCACAGCCAACAGUCUGCAUUCGGUGAGUUCGGAGUCACCUAGCAUUAACAAUGUUCUACUAUUCCCCAUCGAAAACUCCCAUGCGUACUCAUACGCACACUUGUCACCCAACUCAUUGGCACUCCGACUCAAUGUGUUGAAACGGUCGUUGGAAAUCUUAAACGAUCGUCCGGAUUGGUUCAAAACCAUCAAUUCACACGAGGAAGGUCUGAAAAAUGCCAGAAACGAAGUUAGAAACGACAUGAGAUUCGAGUCCAUUACGGAGUCCAGAAAUAGCGAUGACGAGGACUUCACAUCUCCCACAAAGCCGUUACUUCCGGCUUCAGUAGAAGGGGCACGCCGUAAAUCCUCCCACCGUCUGUUGCUUGCAAGAUCUCUUCUGCGGAACGAAAGUAACGAUCACUUAUCCACCGACAAGUUCAAGAUGCUGCUGAAUGCAUCUUCAGCGGCGCUUACGGCGUUGUUCCGCCCUAAAAUCAACAGGGCAGACAGCUUGCCCAUGUCGAGAACUUCUUUUGAAGACAUAGGUGAGGCCAACGAGGAAUCCGUGGGCGAAUCGGACACCGUGCUAAACGACGACUUGAAGGACAUCAUCGAGUUACUUGAGCAGGACUCGUCAAUCAUCUCACACAACUCCGACAUAGCCCUGACGCUCCAUGACUUGUCACUUUCUUCCAAUGAUGAAAUAUCGAGAAAGAAGCAGAAUCUCUUGAAAACCAAAAUGCUCUAUGCACUUGCUACGCCGUUUGUGGAGACUACUGCCAUGGCCACUUCUCCCUGGGCCGUUCCUCCUACUGCCGCUCCUUCUCCUGGUGCUUCUCUUUCGCCUUUGGUCAACGCUUCCACCACGGCCUUGAAUUUGUUGAAUUCUAUUCAACAGCCACAAGCUGCAACGGCUACUGGUAAUCGGCCAUUUCACGCCAUUUCCUCUGGCAAGCACACAUCUCCGCAGUCAGUUGUGACCGUUGAGGCGGAUUAUCCAUGGAACUUCAAGGCUGCCAACGAUUUGGCAUGUUUGAUGUUCGGAGUGCUGAAGAGCAUGAUCCGUAACCUAACAUUGUUAGAUCUCAUUGCUCCACAGUUUAGGAAUUUUCUCACGGAUAGAUUGACCAGAGUUUCUGACGAGAGCAGACGUAAGACAAACAAUGACAUUAUAUUCGCUGGUGAGAUUAUUGCUAUUUCAAGACAAGCUGAGGGCGGAUUUGCAUGGACUUCCAUCUGGGCGAAGCGAAGAAAGGGGCUUAUCAUUUGUAUGUUUGAGCAAAUUGCUUGUGACGCUUUUGAUGUGAUGGUCCUGAGAGAUGUGGCUACUUAUCCAGAUUCCAAGUAUGUCAUUACAAACGUUGACGAGAUUGCAGGCAAGCUCAUCACGAAGCUUGAUGCAAGUGGUAUCACCCAGGUGAACGUGUUGUCGGAGUCUUUGGCAGCAGAUUUACACUCUGACUCCAGUUUGAAUGAAUCUAGUGAUAUUCGUGAAAGCGAGGCGAUAAAUGCGAAGCGCUAUUACACGGUUCAACUCAACGGCGAUGACAAUAUCCCUUGUGCGCUCACAUCAUAUCCACUUGAGAAAGACGAUGAGAAGUUUGAAUUGAAAAUCAAAAUCCACUCCAUGCCAUAUAUCGCAGGAAUGUUCGUUGUGGACUUCAACGAUUACAAGGUGCUUUCUUGCAACAAGGCAAUUGCAAAGAAUUUAUUUGGUCGAUCAUCCGAUGUCAUUGUAAACAACACUAUUAACAACAUCAUUCCAGGAUUCUCCGACAUCUUGAAAUUGGGACUUGAUGACCCAGACACUGCAACGGCCAUUGUUCCAGGUUUGGUACUACCCGAGCAUUUUUUUAGAAAGUACCACGCUUACUACAAGCACAGGAUUCACAAUAAUGUGUCGCCCGAUGAUCUAUUCGUCAAUUCUAGAGGUAUUGAAGGACUUCACAGAGACGGAAAAUCUUUGUUUAUCGACGUUCAGCUUCGUGUCAUCCUGACUGAUGUCUUUGUUUUGUGGGUGACUUACUCAAGACAUACAAACAAGAACAUAACUCGCCAACUCAAAAAGUUGUCGAGCGCGUCAUCUGUGAAUCUCAAAGGUAGCGGUGGCCUGUUGACUAAAACCCGCAGCAACCCAGGGCUAUCUUCAAGCAAAGUUGAUUUGCCUUCUCAGCUUAAAUUGUUUCCCAAGAACGAGUCCGAACUCCUUGAACUUGGAUCAGCCAGUCCUGAAAUGAGCAGGCAGAGUAGUCUUCGGAAACCGAAAAAAGCAAACACAUUUGCCGUUCCGGUGACUUACAUAACUGAUCCCACCUUUACUAAUAAUGAGUUUACUAAGUCUCUUGUCGGCAGUCCAUUAUCCAAAACGGAAAAACAAAAGGAAAACUCGCUUACUUUGGAUAUUCCAAAGAAGCCAGAACAAGAACAACGUAAGGUGUCUGAUGCUGGCGUGAAGCAUUAUGAGAAUUUCUCGGAGGAGGAAAUGCUUGCCAUUGAAAAUGAGCUGCUCGCAAAGCAACAAAAGGAGUCCAAGUUCUGGCCAACUACAAUCGGAGCACGGAAGAGAACCAAGAAGUAUGACGAGUUUAAGGUAUUGAAGAAAAUGGGUGAAGGUGCAUAUGGUAAGGUAGUAUUGGGAGAACAUAAGGACGAUCCCGCAUACAAGGUGAUCAUCAAAUGCAUUGAUAAGCAGAGGAUCUUGGUGGACACUUGGGUCAGAGAUCGCCAGCUCGGAACCAUUCCAUCGGAAAUUCAAGUGAUGGCAACUUUAAAUCACGAGCCACAUCCUAACAUCAUGCGAAUCAUUGAUUACUUCGAGGACCCCAACUACUAUUAUCUUGAAACGCCGAUCUUCGGCAAUCCGCCCGCAAUCGAUUUGUUCGAUUACAUCGAGGUAAAGAAAGACAUGAACGAACUUGAUUGUCAACUUAUCUUCAAACAAGUUGUACUGGCUAUCUACCAUUUGCAUAAGCAUGGCAUUGUCCAUCGUGACAUCAAGGAUGAGAAUAUCAUCGUCAACGAGUUUGGUGUGAUCAAACUCAUUGACUUUGGUAGUGCUGGCUAUGUAAAGCUGGGACCCUUCGAUGUCUUUGUUGGAACCAUAGAUUACGCUUCUCCUGAGGUUUUGCGUGGAGAGAAAUACGAAGGCAAGCCCCAAGAUAUUUGGGCAUUGGGAAUUUUGCUCUACACCAUGAUCUAUAAGGAGAAUCCAUUCUACAACGUCGAUGAAAUCAUGGAGGGAGAUAUGAGAGUCCCAUUUGUUGUGAGCAAGGAAUCGCUUGACUUGGUAAAACUCAUUCUCAAUCGCGAGGUGGCUGAUCGUCCUACCAUAACAGACAUUGCUGACCAUGAUUGGCUUGAUAUUUAA